AUGUUCUCUGCGUCGUCCAUUAAGUUCGCGGUCCGCGCGUCGCGCCCGCUGUUUACGAAGGCCAGUAUGAUGCCCUGUGUAUCCCUGAGCGAGCAAUUUCCAUCGAUUCCAGCGACACAUCCACUGGCUGCAACUGCUGCCAAGCUUACUACGUCCACGACAUUUUCUGGCCUAAGUUUAGGCUCAGACGACCGAGAUGCUUCCGUGGCUACCAUCGGCGUCUAUCUUAAUACGGGUGCGCGUGAUGAGACUGAGGAUAAUGCAGGAGUGUCACAGUUAUUUGCCAAGAUGGCAUUUCGUGCUACUUUGACCCGCUCAGAUCUACGCCUUUAUCGUGACAUUGAGGCUAUUGGCGGCGUGAUAAACGCUCAAGCUGGUCGUGACUUUGUACGUUAUAGCAUAAGUGUGCUGCCUCAUCAUCUGGAAGCAGCUGCUGUGAUUUUGGCCGAGACAACGCUUGCUCCUAAAUUUGCGCUUUAUGACGUGAACGAGCAGAAAAAGGUGGUGCAGGCAGAGUUCGAAAAGAUCACUGGAGACCCGUCAACUUUGCUUAUUGAAGGCUUGCACGCCGCUGCCUUCUAUGAUGACAUGACUCUGGGCCGCUCUCUCAUCGCUACUGACAAUAUAAGUGCGCUUAACCCCGAUACCCUUUGGAUGUAUCAAAGCAAAUAUGUCAAUACAUCUAGCGCUGCCCUUGUCGGCGCGGGUGUAUCCCACAACACUUUAACUGAUCUGGCCAAUGCUUACUUCAGCUCGUUUGCCAAAGGGGCCGAAGCUUCUAGUGCCGCAGCCAAGUACGUGGGUGGUGAGACUCGUAUCAAAAAGGCCAGCAAUUUAACGCACGUCGCAUUGGCUUUACCUACUGUGGGCCGUGACUCACCUGAUUUUGGCGCCUCGCAGGUACUUCGCGCUCUCCUGUGCUUAAGGAUUACCAGCAAAAAUAUCACGGCUUUCUUGUCGAGUUACAGCGAUGCUGCACUUAUCGGUCUGUCAGGCUACGCCACUCCUGCCGAGGCUGGUAAUCUUAUUGAUUUGUUUGCUUCUGAGCUCAAGAAGAUUGCGUUAUCUCCAGCUACAAAGGAAGAGCUGAGUGCUGCUAAGGCCACAGCUGCUCUCGAGGCCCUUGACAUGUACAAUACUCGAGCAGGUACUAUUGGUCGUGUGGGCCUGAUUGCCACUACAGGUUUCGUGUCAAAAUCGCCGUCACAGCUUGUUGAAGGUGUCUCGGCUGCUAAGCUGCAGGAAUUGGCUCAGAUGGCAUUGAAGGCUACGCCUUCGGUUGCUUCCAUUGGCAAGCUGUCCACGGUCCCCCACGUUGAUGUCAUUGCGAACAAGCUGCAGUAA